CCGCCGCCAGUCCCACCCUCAAUCUCGUUUCCAUGUCCCACGUGGCAAUAGUGCCUUAUCGUGAUAAAAUUUUCUUUUGUCUGUUGUUUGUGCGGGACCUGUCUCACUUAUUCUCUCAUUCAACGCGGUCCCGGACCUGAGCGAUAACUCAUGGCGCCUGCGGGGUGUUCGCUGCCUCCAUCGAGCAGCCUGCCGCCUCUAUCGACGCUGCAGAGACUCACCGAGCAACAGAUCCUCUCGGCGCUGCAGAGCCUGUCCGCCCUCUAUUGCCCCCUGCCCGCUUCGGUUGCCUUCAAGCUGAGCCCGGAAAACAACAGUCUUGAUCAUCCUGCGUCAACGCCCCUCGUCGAUUCCGGUUACACCUCUGGGGCCGAGGAUGACAGCCAGGAUGUCGAGCACGUAGAGCAAAGCCGCGACGCACUCCGCGCAGAUGCGUUUGAGCGCAAUUUUGUAGAGCGCUGGUUGACUGGCUUCAUGGCACGAGCAUAUGACUUGCCAGGCCUAGGCUUAGAAGAGGCGCGGGACCGAGCCCUGGAUCAAGCGUCUUGGGUUCUGGAGUCAUUUGUUGCCAGCACAGCCGACGACGACGACGACGACGACCAACACAGCCACUUCACCCGCGAAUUUUCUUUCAAGUUAUCAGUUCCCGAGACUCAAGAGGAGGUUCCCGUCGAUGUGCGACUGAACGAUGGACUGGCGGGCAAGAAUUCAACCGACUGCGACGACGUGGGCUUGCAGAGCUGGGGUGCAUCUAUUGUCCUCUCCGACUUGAUGUGCGCCGAACCCUCGCGUUUUGGUCUCUCACAGCCAAGCCUCGGCACAUCACCGCGGAUUAUCGAGUUGGGAGCAGGAACCGGACUUGUUAGUCUGGUGCUUGGAAAGAUGCUUCCGCAUUUGGGCACUCUGAAGUCAGACGUAAUUGCCACAGAUUAUCACCCAGCCGUUCUCGAGAACCUGCGUGCCAACAUCACAGAAAACUUCCCUUCGGAAAGCUCCGUAUCAAUGCACACGUCUCUUCUCGACUGGUCUGCACCGGUACUAGAGUCGCCUCUGGAUCUUCCCGCGGACAUACUGAUUGCAACGGACGUGGUCUACGCCCCUGAGCACGCCAUGUGGCUGCGUGACUGCGCAACCCGUCUCCUUUCUGCAGACGGAAUCUUCUGGCUGCUCGUCACCGUCCGUCAGAAUGGUCGAUUUGACGGAAUCAGCGACACGGUCGAGGCGGCGUUUGCCACGACGGAUCGCCCUAGGGGCAAGGACGGGCGACUACUCAGCAUUCUCGACAGCCAGAAACUUGAGAAGCGGAGUCGCGUGGGGCGAGGAGAUGAGAGCGGGUAUAGAUUAUUUAGAGUUGGGUGGGCAUAGACAAGACAUAGACAGGGGCGUUGUGGAUGAUAGACACAUGUAGAUAGAACUCAUAGACUCAUACAGCAUACAACUGCGUUGGGCUGAAUGCACAAAGAAGCAAUAGAACAAUCACUUUACGAUUUGCAAA